GAAGCUAGCCUAGCAUGUGUAAGAAUUGUGAGUGUUUAUCACCAAGUUUUACCCUGUUUACUUCAGGUGUGUGAUACGACAUCUUUGGGCAAUGGUUUCGGAUGUAGCCUACAGGACAGGAAUCAAUGUGGCCUAGUGGAUGGAUCGUUAAAGACACCAAGACUUGCUGUGGAUUUUACGGUGCAGAGGCUCGGAACUUCUGGGAAGGCCAGUGCAGUAGAGGAUUAUACAAGGAUUUUGAGAUAAGAGAGCAGGACUCCUAACAAAAUGGCUGUACAUGUGGCUGGUCUGGUUUCUGUAAUAGUGUUUUACCUUCUCAUCCUGCUGGUGGGUCUAUGGGCAGCGAGAAAGUCGAAGCGUUCUGGACAGGAAGAGGACAGCGAGAAUGUGAUGCUAGCGGGAAGGAACAUUGGCGUGGUGGUCGGAGUGUUUACUAUGACAGCAACAUGGGUAGGAGGUGGUUUUAUAAAUGGGACAGCAGAGGUCAUCUACACUGAUGGAUUUGUCUGGUGCCAAGCUCCCUUCGGCUAUGCUUUAAGUCUCGUAUUUGGAGGGUAUUUUUUUGCCGAGAGAAUGCGAUCUCAAGGUUAUGUCACCAUGUUGGACCCAUUCCAACAAAAGUAUGGCGAGAGAAUGGGAGGAUUGCUGUAUAUACCCGCACUCCUUGGGGAGGUGUUUUGGUCGGCAGCAAUCUUAGGUGCUCUAGGUGCUACUCUGUCAGUGAUUAUAGACCUUGACAUCAAGACGUCCAUCAUAGUGUCUGCUUGUGUAGCCACUUUCUACACCUUAUUUGGGGGCCUGUACUCAGUAGCCUACACUGAUGUUGUACAGCUCUUUUGUAUCUUUAUUGGUCUGUGGCUGAGCAUACCAUUUGCAAUGACUCAUGAAGCAGUAGGAGAUAUCACCUUAAAUGCCACCACUAAUUGGAUACAUGAACUCGAUCCAAAGUAUUCUGGAUACUACAUAGACAGCUUUCUCCUCCUCAUCUUUGGAGGAAUACCCUGGCAGGUUUAUUUUCAGAGAGUAUUGUCAGCCAAGUCUGCUUCCAAUGCCCAGAUGUUAUCGUACGUGGCAGCUGUUGGUUGUAUUGUUAUGUCUAUCCCGUCUGUCCUCAUUGGUGCUGUAGCAACUGUCACAGAUUGGAAUGCCACCGACUAUGCCAUCGUAGAUCAUCGGCCUGUCCCAAUCCCGGCAGAAGAUAUAAAGCUGAUCCUUCCCAUGGUCCUUCAGUACCUCAGUCCCACCUGGGUGUCCUUCUUUGGCCUCGGAGCAGUGUCAGCAGCAGUCAUGUCCUCGGCAGACUCCUCUAUCUUAUCUGCAAGUGCAAUGUUUGCUAGGAACAUAUACAAAUUGAUAUUCAGACAACAGGCUUCUGAGUCGGAGAUCCUCUGGGUAAUGCGGAUUGCCAUAUUUGGAGUGGGUGCCCUUGCUACGGCCAUGGCUAUAACUGUACAAUCUAUCUAUGAUCUAUGGUACCUGUGUUCAGACUUAGUGUAUGUGGUGCUCUUCCCCCAGCUUUGUUGUGUUAUUUACUUGCGGGGCACAAACACCUAUGGCUCUCUGGCUGGCUUCAUCACUGCAUUCUUCUUCAGGCUGGCCGGUGGGGAGAAGUCUAUGUAUAUACCUACCCUGAUAAAGUUUCCAUUUUAUGAUGAGGUUGAUAAGAUACAGUUAUUUCCCUUUAAAACUUUGUGUAUGCUCCUGUCGUUUAUAGUACUGGUAGUAGUGUCAUACUCCCUUAAGUACCUAUUUGAAGCAGGGAUAUUACAUAGGAAGUAUGAUGUAUUUAUGUGCAUCAUAAACACACCAGAAGAGACGAUAGCAUUAAAGGACCAAGGACCAUGUGAGUUGACAGCCAUCACCCCUACUAAAGAACCCAAUGGAAAGAUCAAUCCUGCACUGAAAAUAUCUCAAGAGGAUUUGCUUGCAGCAGAAACAGCAUAUCUCAGGGAGAGAAAAUCCCAGAAUUCCCCGGAACAUGCAAACAAUUACCUGGCUCCUCAAUGGAAAUGAUGCUGUUAUUGUAAUAAGGCCUGAAAACCUGUGGAUGUCAUCCGCAAAGCUGCCUAAGGAUAUACUGUAUGUCGGUCAUAUGUUUUCAGAUUUAUUCUUUAACAAACACCAAAAUCAAGUAAUCCAAUUUUUGUUAUUUUGACUUGUGAUAGUAAUUAUAACUAAAAUAACAUUACUUUUCUCAUUCAUGAUCAUUUCAAUGGAACAAUAACAUUUUGGCUCUUUAUUUUCUUUACCUUGUUUUCAAUGAAAUGAAAAUUAUUCAGAAAAAAGAUAGGUUCAAAGUAUUUUAUAAAAGAAACUGAAAGCUGAUGUUUAUAGUGGUAUAGAAUGAAACCGUUUGGUCAUUAUAUGUACUUGUACAUUAAUAACACAUAAUGGUACUGUCUUUCAUUGUUUAUUCUAUUUUCAUUUUAGAUACAUUUAUUAAUAUAGACCAAAACAGAUGUUUCACAAUAUAGUAUUGUACACUGGUAAUGUUUUAACAUUUUUUUAGU